CCAUUCUACUCCCUCCCCACCCCUCUUCUUCACUUCUCUUGGUCAGCCUUUUCCGUCUCAGUCAAUCUUCUCUCUCGGCGUCCAGCGUCCAGCGACCCCAAGAAUUGGGAGAUCUGUGAACAAGCUCUGUCACCGCUUGCUCUCCUCGAUCUAGGCUGCUGUUCGUCACGAGCCGUCGCCUGUGUCCUAACCGGAGUUCCGGUCGCAGAACACGUCCCUGGAGGCAAGCCUUCUAAAAUAAGGCAACUACGAGAUAUAAAGCACCAUGUACAAUACACAUCGCGGGAUGGUUCCCGCUCCCAACUCUCGCUUGACAGAGUUGCUGGACCAAUUGCGACAGGAGUUCGAGAACCAGUCUAGAAGCACCGGCGAGUUUGAGCAUCAGUUGACCGGGCAACUUCAGGAGAUGGAAAUGAUUCGGCAGAAGGUUUAUCAGCUUGAACAGGCCCAGAUUAAGAUGAAGCAGGACUAUGAGGCUGAGAUUAGAAUGCUGCGGCAUGAGCUUGAAUCACGAGGCGUUCAGCCUAUCUCGUCUCACAUCGGUGGCCCUGCGCAACAUACAGGUCCUUCACAGGCACCUCCGCCCACCCUGGGUCACGGUCCUAGCAACUUGUUCGGUGGAAUUAUGACCAAUCCAGGAGGUAGUGGCCCCGGCCUUGCCCCUCCCCCUCCCCAGGAUCAGCAGCCUCCGCAGCAUACACUCCAGCAGCCUGCACCUGCUGCUCAGCAAGGAGCGCCGCAACCACCGCAGAGCUCCUUUGGAGGUUAUCAGCCCGGCACUGCUGUGAACAGUUAUGGACCGCCGCCGCCGCCAACCGCCUCCCCUGGCCCUGGCAAGGGUCGCCCCAGGGCCCCUCCUGGCCCUGCAACCCCCCAACAAACCCACAAUCUCGCCUAUCCCACCGACCCGAGAGCAUCUCCUCAGAUUGCCCGCCCGACGCCUCCCAACCCGGCCCUUGUUCGCGAGCGCCCUGGGAAUAUGCUCGCAAACUGGAACCCCGAAGACCUGCCGCCAUCGCAGAAGCGCGAGGGUUCUGACUGGUAUGCUGUCUUCAACCCUGAAGUUCAGCGAGUGCUCGAUGUGGAUCUGGUCCACCAUCUCAUGCACGACAGCGUUGUCUGCUGUGUGCGCUUCAGUCGUGACGGCAAGUACCUUGCGACCGGUUGCAACCGUUCCGCUCAGAUCUUCGACGUGAAUACCGGUCACAUCGUUGCCACUCUUCAAGACGAGAGCGUUGACAAAGACGGCGACCUUUACAUCCGCAGUGUCUGCUUCAGUCCGGAUGGAAAGUAUCUGGCUACUGGUGCCGAGGAUAAACAAAUCAGGGUUUGGGAUAUUGCUGCUCGAUCCAUUAAACACGUCUUCAGUGGUCACGAGCAAGAUAUUUACUCUCUUGAUUUUGCUGGCAAUGGACGCUAUAUCGCUUCUGGAAGUGGUGAUAAGACCGUCCGUCUUUGGGAUGUUCUCGAUGGCAAGAUGGUGUACACACUCAGCAUCGAAGACGGUGUGACCACCGUUGCCAUGUCGCCGGACGGCCAUUAUGUUGCUGCCGGUUCUUUGGAUAAGAGCGUUCGCGUCUGGGACACUACCACCGGUUAUCUUGUGGAGCGCCUGGAGAAUCCCGAUGGUCACAAGGAUAGCGUAUACUCUGUCGCUUUUGCGCCCAAUGGUCGUGACCUUGUCAGCGGCAGUCUCGACAAGACCAUCAAGCUCUGGGAGCUCACUGCUCCCCGUGGCCUCCCUCCGGGAAACGCUGUCAAGGGCGGCAAGUGUGUCAGGACCUUUGAGGGCCACAAGGACUUUGUUCUCAGCGUCUGUCUGACCCCCGAUGGACAGUGGGUCAUGAGUGGUUCCAAGGACAGAGGCGUUCAGUUCUGGGACCCUGUCACCGGCAAUGCGCAGAUGAUGCUUCAAGGCCACAAGAACUCUGUCAUUUCGGUCGCCCCCAGCCCUAUGGGCCAGCUGUUCGCCACCGGAAGUGGUGAUAUGCGCGCAAGAAUCUGGAAAUACUCGACCUAUACCGGACGGUAAUGUACUUGGUUCUAGGAAGUUUCGGCGCAAACGUGAAUUUUGUUUUGUUCACCCCGUAAUGGCUGGUUCGAGUUGGCUCUAAGCUUGUUAUGUAUUUCAACGUCUUCCAAGGCUUCAUCAAAUGCAGUAUUGGGGUUUUUUUUCCACUCUUCUUUUUGAUCUUGGAUUGCGAAGAGUCUCAAAAUGAAUGAUGCAUUGCUGGUUCUGGUAAGGCCGCGUGGGUGUUUUUCUU